CCCAGAAGUUGAAACUCCAACUUCGCAAUUAGCAGCUUUUUUAUCCGCGCUCAAAGCUCGGGCAGCUCUCCUAUUUCUCGGUCGGUCAGUUUGCGCCGGUCUCAUCUUGCGAGCAGAAAGGGGUAUUGAAGUAAAUUCAAAUUCACGAAUCCCUUGCUGCAGGCCAAUCAUGUCCUCCUCAAAGCGACAUUACAAGGACAAAAUCGCCCGCCGGAAGGAAGAGAAACCCGAGGAGCCAGAGCAGCCCAAGUACAGGGACCGUGCGAAGGAGCGUAGAGAAGACCAAAACCCCGAUUACGAACCGACAGAAUUAGGUUCUUUCCACGCAGUUGCUCCCCCUGGGAAUGUCGAUCUCCGGUUAGAAGAUGCUCAUAAGCUAUCUAUCGAAAAGAGCAAGUACCUCGGAGGUGAUGUCGAGCACACGCAUUUGGUCAAAGGUUUGGAUUAUGCGUUGCUUAACAAAAUAAGGAGUGAGAUUGGCAAGAAGCCUGAUGCUGGAGAGGAUGCUAAUGACAAAUCGAGAGAGUCAAACGAAGACCAGCAACUAUCGUUCCGCACUGCAACAGCAAAGUCGAUCUAUCAAUGGAUUGUCAAGCCGCAGUCUGUUAUGAAGACAAAUGAGAUGUUCCUGCCUGGUCGAAUGUCAUUCAUUUAUAACAUGGGAAACGGAUACUCUAAUGACAUCCCAACCACCUUGCACAGAAGUAAAGCUGAUUGUCCAUUGCCAGAGGAAAUGGUGAGUGUCAGUGUGGAUGGUUCUGUGCUGGAUCGAAUUGCUAAAAUUAUGUCAUACCUUCGCCUCGGCUCCUCUGGAAAGGUCCUUAAGAAGAAAAAGAAGGAAAAGGAGACAAGAGCAAAGAAUUCUAACUUUGGCAAUGGAUUGGAUGAUGAGCAUAAGGCAAGGCCUGAAAAUGGGAUUUCAAGGAAUACUACCGAGAAACAAAUCGCAGCCCCCCCUCCUCCGCCUCCUAUUUCAAACCAUGUUGAUACUGGGGAGAACCAAGGCCCGGUGGUUGCUAGAGCUGACGAGGAUGAUAUUUUUGUGGGCGAUGGAGUUGAUUAUAGUAUUCCUGGUAAAGACCUUAGUCAAAGUCCCGUUUCAGAGGACAUGGAAGAAUCUCCAAGGAAUAAGGAGAAAGUUUCGUACUUCUCUGAACCUGCUUACGGUCCAGUCCCACCCACAGGGCUUCCUCAGGAAUGGCAAGACGUGAAUGGUUAUGAUGCCAUGCAGUCACAAGCUUAUGCAGUGGGCUACCAAGGUAAUUGGCAGGAGUACCAAUACAGUGAGCAGUUGGCUUAUCCCGAGCAAUACCUUCAGCAAGAUAUGCCUGGGUAUGAUGCACAAGUGGGUCUAACCGUUCCACAAGAUCCACGCUUCAUGACUCAAGAGGAGAAAGAUAGAGGCUUAGGGUCAGUGUUCAAGCGUGACGAUCAGAGGCUUCAACAGUUAAGGGAGAAGGAUGCUAGAGAGAAGGAUCCCAACUUUAUCUCCGAGAGCUAUUCAGAGUGUUAUCCUGGGUAUCAGGAAUAUAAUCGGGAGAUUGUGGAUAGUGAUGAUGAGGAUGAUUUGUCGAAAAUGGAUAUGGGCGGACGGGCGAAGGGUCGACUUCACCGAUGGGACUUCGAGACGGAGGAUGAGUGGGCGAAGUACAAUGAGCAAAAGGAAGCUAUGCCUAAGGCCGCAUUCCAGUUUGGGGUAAAGAUGCAGGAUGGGCGGAAAACAAGAAAGCAAAACAAGGACCAGAAGCUCACCAACGAGCUCCACAAGAUCAACAAGAUACUAGCCCGUAAGAAGGCUGAGAAGGGUGAGGCUGCUGAUGGUGGUGAGAGCGGCCACUUUGAUGACGAUGCCAAGCCUGGUAAGAAGCUUCGGGUAUAGAGCGAUGUAGUUUUGGGAAAUGAUACUGUUGUAUCUAUCUGCUGGUUUCCCUUAGGCGGUGUAUCAAAUCUUAGGUGAAAUCAAAUUCAAGUUCUGAAUUUGUUUUGAUUAGUGUAUAUUCUCCUAUAUGCUUAACUGAAGAUAUCCAGGCUAUUUAGCUUUCGAGAUUGAGCCCUGUUUCGAGCUUGAAAGCUUCAAGGAAACUUAUGGAAGAGGGAUGUCCUCGUACCGUUUUGGAUGA